AUGAUAUUGUAUCAAAAUUGGUUGGUCUGCAACACCCGACCGACGGCAAGGCUCAAGUUCGAGAUCACAAAGCCGGACGCGAAACCGGCACCGACCGUCACCGAGUUCAGCUCAAGAGGCCCAUCGCCGACCUUCCCGUCCGUGCUCAAGCCCGACAUUAUGGGCCCGGGCUUUCAGAUCCUGGCAGCUAGGCGCCCCAACGUGCAGGCCCACAACAGUUACUUCAAGGAUCUUUACACCAGCUUCAAUCUCUUAACGGCUGAUGCAGUGGACCACUCCGGCCAGCCGAUCCAGGAUUCCGGCCCGGACCAAAGCCCAGUCACGGGCUUCGACUUGGGAGCGGGCCAAGUCAGCCCAAACAAGGCGCUGGAACCAGGCCUGGUGUACGAUCUCAAUUCUUCUGAUUAUGUGAAUCUCCUUUGUGCGAUGAACUUCACCAACGCCCAAAUCAGAGCCAUCACAAGGUCUCAUCACUCCACCGGCAGCUGCAACAACAUUUGCGCCACCCCUUCUCUGGAUCUGAACUACCCUUCUUUCGUGGCGAAUUUGACCGCGGAUCAUUCAAGCCAUCAAGUUCUGGAGUUUCGGAGGACGCUGACCAACGUGGAGUGCGGAAUGGCGACGUACAAAGUUGCUGUCACGUCGUUUGAUGGGCUGGAGGUUGUCCAAAGUCCGAUAGUCGCCACCAAUAUGAACAGCGGGUGA